AUGAUAUCUAUCUAUCUAUCUAUCUAUCUAUCUAUCUAUCUAUCUAUCUCCGUUCAUAUCUAUCGAUCUAUCAUUAUUUAUAUCUAUAUAUCUAUCAAUAGCGUGCGUGUGUUUCAUAUCUGUCUAUCAUUGUUCAUAUAUAUCUAUCGAUCUAUGUUCAUAUCUAUCUAUCUCUGGCCAUAUCUAUCUAUCUGUCUAUCUAUCUCUGUUCAUAGCUAUCUAUCUUUCACCGUUUAUAUCUAUGUAUCUAUCUAUAUUUCACUGUUUAUAUCUAUCUAUCACUGUUCAUACCUAGCUAUCACUGUUUACAUGUAUAAUAUCACUGUUCAUAUCUAUCUAUCUAUGCUCAUAUCUAUUUAUUUAUUACUCUUUCUAUCUAUCACUGUUCUUAUCUAUUUAUCUUUCUGGUCUAUCUUUUUCUUUCUUUACAAUAGCUUUUUUUUAUCUCUCUUUGUUACUGUAACCUCUCUCUUCAGGCCUCUCUCUAUUUCACUCUUUUUCCCUAUUUUUAUUUACUUCUCCUUUAUAUGCUUGUUUUUAUUUUCUCUCACACUCUUUCUUUCUUUCUUUCUUUCUUUCUUUCUUUCUUUCUUUCUCCCUCUCCUUCUCUGUCUCUACAUGUAUCUCUUUCUCUCUGAGCUUCUAUCUCGCUCUCCUUCUGUCACUUACUCCCUUUCUUUCUCCCUUUUUUUCUUUCUUUUUCAAUUUCCUCUUGUUUUUUCUUCCUCUUUUGCUAGUCUUUUAUAUCUUUCUCAAUUUGACCUGCUUCCCAAAAUCUGA